AUGGCGCCUAAUUUCAUGACUGUUCAUUUCGAUGAACAGAAUCCCAAUAAUGAGAAGGGCAAGGAAGCUGGUGCGCGUCAGUCCCUAGCCGGCCUCGACUACUCGCCUUUACCUCGUAUCACAGGACGUUCGUUCCUACUAGCGACAUUUGUGUCCAUGGGAGGUCUUCUCUUCGGUUACGACACAGGUCAAAUCUCCGGCUUUCUAGAAAUGCCCGAUUUUCUCGACCGCUUCGCCGAGACAAACAGCAAUGGAGAAAAAGCCUUUAGUACCGUCCGAUCCGGUCUGAUUGUCGCGUUGCUGUCUAUCGGUACACUCAUCGGUGCGCUGGUCGCAGCGCCUAUUUCCGAUCGUAUUGGUCGAAAGUAUAGUAUUUCCGGCUGGACUUGGAUUAUCGCUAUUGGAUUUAUUAUCCAGAUCUCGUCGAAUAGGGAUUGGGUACAAAUCAUGAUGGGACGAUGGGUUGCUGGUUUGGGUGUUGGUGCCUUGUCGCUUCUUGUUCCCAUGUUUCAGGCUGAGACUGCGCCGCCGUGGAUUCGUGGUGGUAUGGUUUGUUGUUACCAGCUCUUCAUCACCAUGGGUAUCUUCUUAGCUGCCUGCUUUAACUACGGCACAGUAACCCACCAACACUACAGCUCAGCCUCAUGGCGCAUCGUUAUUGGCAUCGGGUGGGUCUUCACUCUCGUGCUCGGCAUCGGAAUCCUCUUCCUUCCCGACACACCCCGUUUCGACUACCGCAAAGGCAAAGUCGACCGCGCGCGCGACACGCUCUGCAAAGUGUACGGUGCAACACCUAACCACUGGGCCAUCCACACCCAGAUGGAAGAAAUUGACUCAAAGCUUCGCGCCGAGAACCAGAUCAAGGGCAACCCCGUAAAGGAGUUUGUCCAGAUGUUCAAAGCGCCACGCAUGGCGUACCGUAUUUUCCUCGGUAUGGCGCUGCAGAUGUUCCAGCAGUUAACUGGUGCCAAUUAUUUCUUCUACUACGGUACUACCAUCUUUAGCUCCGUGUCGAUUGACAGCUACAAGACACAGAUCAUCCUCAACACUAUCAACUUCCUGGUUACCUUCAUCGGUUUGUACAUUGUUGAGCAUUAUGGACGACGCAAGUCACUUAUUGCGGGAAGUACCUGGAUGUUUAUCUGUUUCCUCAUUUUUGCAUCUGUCGGUCACUUUGCGCUUAAUCGUGACGACCCCACAGCCACACCCAAGGCUGGCGUUGCCAUGAUUGUCUUUGCCUGUCUCUUCAUUCUUGGGUUCGCUACAACUUGGGGUCCCAUGAUCUGGACCAUCAUGGCAGAAAUCUUCCCCUCGCGCUACCGAGCCAAGGGAAUGGCCUUGGCCACAGCGAGCAACUGGCUCUGGAAUUUCCUUCUCGCUUUCUUCACGCCUUUCAUCACCAAAGACAUCGACUUCCGCUACGGAUACGUCUUUGCGGGAUGUAACCUACUCGGAGGUCUCAUCGUGUACUUCUUCGUUAUUGAAGGACAGGGCCGUACACUCGAGGAGAUUGACACCAUGUACCUCGAGCGUGUCAACCCUAGGAAGAGUGCCAAGUGGGUGCCUCCUCCUCCUGAGGAGAUGUCUAGGAUUCGCAAGCAGGCUGGUACGGAUAUUGAGACUGCCGCUGUGCAGCAUGGUGGUUCCAGUGAUGAUGAGACUCUUGCUCGACGAUCGGGUGUUACUGAUGGUGGUCAUGGACACAAGAAGGAAGAGCAUGCUGGAGCCAUGCACCGCGAGUAA